UUUGCACAUUCCCAAAACAACAAGUUUCAUUAGACUUUCUCCCCUCUAUUCUUCAAUCCACAUCGUACCAUCAUUGAAAAAUGGCCGUUGCUAUACCGGAGUAUUGUCGGCGCCUACUAUGGAACUCAAGAGCAUUCAUACAGUUGGCCAGAAACGCCAUAGCAACUAGCAGUCCAUUCUGGAUACCUGCGGUAGCCCUGGUAGGAAACCGGAGCUAUUUACAUACUGUGGCCCGAGGCAGCGACUCUCCGCUUCCACACCGCUACGAAGCUUCAGCUGGUCCUUCAUGGCUACUGACGAUGCAAAAGGCUACCCAUGGUACACCGACUGAGAGCGAGGAGGAUGUCGUCGCAGAUCGCUCGACAGAAGAUCCACUUCCUCCGGAGAAGCACCACACGAUCCGAAUGCCUGCUGGGGAUGCAGGUCCUAAGCCCACAGAGUCAGAGGAAGAUGUGGUUGCUGACCGGACAGAUGAAGACCCUCUGCGCCCAAAAGAGAUGGCUCGAAGCAAAACCAAUUAGCUUCCGGGCGCGCGAAGCUACAAUUUGCAAAAAAGGCUGGCUUGAGCACUUUAUUUCCAGUAAAGAAAGGCUUAAAAGCCUUCGAUUUUGGAAGGAGGAUUAAGUUGCGAAUUUGGUAUUGACCCCCACUCGUUUCCGUUGUAUUCGGCAUGGCAUUCACGGAUAAUACCUCUUCGUUCAUUUAAACUCGGUCUUCCGUGCACCGUUCAGAAUGAUAUCGUGGGGAUACCGACGGGCUUCGGAAAUUAUUUUAGAUAAAGAUACCGUAUAGCUCUCGCAACUAUAUAUGAUCCGAAGUACGCUUUGACUCCGUAAUAUU